UUUUUUUGCGCAAGACAUGGCAUUUGUUUGGAAAGUAAAACAACAAUUUACUCUGCUGGCGACAACUAAUUCACAAAGAUGAGUCACCGAGGAGGUGAUCGACAGCAUCCAGAGGUUUUGUGGUUUUCUCAGGCGGGACAAAGUCCGGUAAGCUGCGCGAUUCUCACCCACAGAGCGAUAAGCGUCCCUCGGUCACCUUCUGAAAUGAUGUCUUGUGGCGACGUGCGUGGCGCGCCAGAGUGCGUGUGAGUGACUGACCGAUAGUCUUUCUGAGAGAGAAAGAGAGAGGCUGGAUAUAAACAGCAGCCAGGCUUUCAGGCAGCCACAGCCAGACACUCCGAGCAGCCAUCUCGCCUCUCUCUCAGCUCCUCACACCCAUGCAGGAUGCCCGGAGAGCGCCGGGGAGUCCUGGUCCAGCUCAGCCCGAGUUCAUGACGCUCUGGGCGGCCUCGUCAUGCGUCUCUUGCCCGAGCCCAGCGCCCAGUCCCUUCGGCUCCUCUUCCUCUUUAUCUUCGUGAUGGGGGUGACCCCUUCCCCGGCUCUCACAGCCGGCUGCCCCGACAGAUGCGUGUGCGACGACCAGCUGGUGGUCCAGUGCGCCGGGCAGGAGCUCACCCUGUUCCCCAAUGACCUGCCCCUGGCCACCCGGCAGCUCAUUAUCUCCAACAAUCGCAUCGGGGACCUUCCGGCGCUGCAGCUCAACUACCUGUCCGAUCUGGUCUAUCUGGACUGCAGCAACAACUCUCUGACCGAGAUCUCCGAGUCCACCUUCGGGAAUUUGCGGAAACUCGCCUACCUGGACUUGUCGUUCAACACCCUGCUGCAGAUCGAGGACCGGACUUUCGGGCCCUUGUCGUCUCUGGUGAUGCUCCGGCUGACGGAUAACCCGAGUCUGGGGGAGAUCCACCCGGAUGCCUUCUCGGAGAACAUGGCGCUGCAGGUGCUGGAUGUGAGCCGGAACAACCUGACGGCCCUCAACAUCAGCAGCCUGAUCGCCCUGCCUGCUCUGCGGUCUCUGGGGCUCAGCGGGAACCCCUGGAGCUGCGACUGUGACACGGAAGACCUCUGCCUCUGGGUGCAGAUAGAGGGCUUCAAGUUCCAAGGUGAGGCUGGAAGAAGUCUGAACACACAGUUGUUAAUCUCUAAACACACACGAAAACCACUCAGGGUGAUCUAAACUGUCCUAAAGGAUCAUUUUAAUUAAAUAAAGACUUUUUCUGGCAGUUGCAGCACAGAUUAGUUGUAAAAAAAUAAAUAAAUAAAAAACCCAACACAUUCUGCCUGCAUCCUUUUGCCAAAAUGUGGCCUGUAAGCUCAUACUAUGCUCCUGAACGGGGUUCUGACCUCUUGCAGGUGGUCUCUUGUUAGUUUGGCUCGGGAAGCGUGAUCCUCUCGCUGGCCAGUAAACAAACAGCUUCUCUGCUAAGACUGUGAGCCAAAGACGCUC